CGUAAUACUUGACCGUUCGAUAACAUUAUAAGUGGUUCAGUUCAAUGGACGCUAGAAACUCCGACAAUCAGAGAGGCAACUAAUUUAGGUCGCUUAUGAUGUCUCUAACUUUAUGCUACAACGGAAGCUUGAGAAAAGAAGAAGAAGGCUCGACAGUGAAUGGUAUUCAUUAUCUUCGCAGGAGUGUCAUUCAUGAUGACUCAAUGUCAUCAUUCAUGAUGAUCCAACAAGCGGCAUGCAGUUAUCUCUCGCCACCAAGGGUUCUAAGAGGUCCAGAUGAGAGACUACUUAUUGGAAUAAAAUCGCCUCAGGAUCCAUUCCAAAGUUUACCAGUUUGGCCUCCUAAUCCCCUACCAAUAUUAACGACAAAUACGUUUCCGUUCCCUGAAAACUCAUUUAAACCUCGCACUGAGCCAUCUCCCGAACCUCUCUCUUCUACCGAAACUCCUACUGAAUCCUCUGUUGAACAUUCUACUGAACAUUCUAUUGACCCUCCUACUGAAUCUUCUACAUAUUACUGGUUUUUCUCGUAA